GUACCCACUACCGCCCUCUCUGGAGGCAUCGACUUUCUACAAUGAUAAGAGUAUGGUGGAGGAGCAUUGCAGAGAGCUUGAACUGUUCGUUUGGUAUCUCCUCUCCUUCUCCUCGGACCAGGCGGUGUGGAAGCUAGUCGUGUCAAAAUUCCUACAACUUGAUGAGGAAACUACUAGUUCACUAGCCUUCGUUGGCGACUCAGCGGGUCAUCCUGAUAUAAGACAAGCCCUUUAUGGUUACAGGCCCUCUAGUCCUCUCUUGUCUCCAUCUCACGAUCAUCAGGUCAUAGCCGCCGAGGGCCGUCUCAUACAUACCAUAGAUCUAGACGUCGGAGGAGGAGCCAUCUGGGAUGCCGGAGGAGCCAUCGACGAUGAGUGA